GGAAAAAAGAGUCGAGGAAUUCACGGGUGAAUUUUUUGUGAACACAUUCAACUGGAGUUGCAUGGAGCCUAUCAGACUGGAGAAUGAAGAUCUCCACAGUGGUAACAGCUCUCCUGACUAGUGUCUUCUUUGGAGAUGUUUGCUCUUCUAUCAACGUCACAGUCACUCCAUUUCCAUUCACGUUGGUGGCUGAGGGGGAUAACGCCACCUUGUCUUGUCAGGUGACCCAACGGCGCUGGUCGGCGAGCCUGCCCGUUGUACGCUGGAUGUUCCUGCCUGAGUGUGGAGGAGAGGAACUACUGGUGGCCAGAGUUAACAUGCAGAGAGCAAAGUUCUACGGAAACUACACCAAGAGCUUCCACAAGCCCAAAAUAAAUUUGACAGUGGUGAAGCAGGGCAAGAUAUAUAACCUUCUCAUCUUGAACAUCACAGAGAAGGACAGGGGUCUUUACAGCUGCAGGGUUCAGGAGUUUAAGAAGCAUCAGGAACGUUGGAAAGCUUUAACCAACAGCUCAGCCUCCACACAGCUCAGAGUUCAUGUUCUCCCAGCUGCUAGACCAAAGGAAGAACUCUGGAGUCUGUUUGAAGAUGUGUAUCUGUGUGCAGUGCUGGUUUGUUGUGUUGGGAUUUUGUGCAUGUGCAUGUUCACUGUAGCUGUGAGCUGUCAAUAUCUGCAGAGGAAGAGACGUUUAAAAGAAAACUAUCAUUUGGUAAAGAGCCCACAGAACAGCUCAGGAGAGACAGUCACUAGUUUAGUCAGCCUGUCCCCAGCUCUUCCAAAAAAGAAGAGAAAGUACAAGAAAAAGAAAAUCACGGAGCAGCCAGAUGUGCCACCAGUGAUACCGGCUAAAGCCCCUAUUGCAGACAAAAUCCGAAAGCCAAAGCUUUUAAAACCUCAACCCAGGAAAGUGGUUUUGCCCAAAAUUGCAGAGGAGAGUCUGACAUAUGCUGAACUUGAACUGAUGAAGCCACUGCCCGAUGCCAAAACUGCAAAGACAGGAACUGUGUACGCUCAAAUACUCUUUGAGGAUAAGACAGUUUAGCAUUAACACCAUUUUCUUGGUAGAAAACUAUUAUUUAUAAAAACUCUAUAUUGAUUUUAUGUUAAUCCACCAAGAAUUAUUUUCUUGGUGGAUUAACAUUUGUGUGUGAAAUUUGCUCCAUGUAAACACUGCUUCACAAAUAGUUACAUCAUGUCCUUUAGGGUAGUGUUGCGCAUUUAGUGUGGAAGUCACCAGGUUAACCGAAUUUACAUGGUCAUGACAAGAGUUAAAAAAUUGGAUAGAACUUUGCACAGCAAAGAUUAGGAAGUGAUUUAUUACAUUAGUGUAAUGUUAAUGCCUGAAACAAAUUUUAUGUACACAUCUAUUCUAGUGUAAUGUCUUCCUUCAUUGUACAGUGAUGCAUUACUGUAAAAGUGUUUUUGUUUGUUUUUACAAACUGAGGGAUGGAGUUGAAAUAAUUUUCUGUGGUAAUAAAAAAUACAUUUUUGAGCUUAACUUGUGUUGGACCCAAAACAUAGCUUUACAUUUAUAGAAUUUGCUUACACCUGUUUGUUUUCUUUUAAAAUAUGUUCAAGCUCUACGAGACACACCAAAGCCAAUGAAAGAGUGCACUAAAAGAAGACAUAUGGGUUUGGAAUAGCUCAUAAAAGAAAGAUUUCCAUUUUUGACCAUCGGAUGAGUUUCAGACGGGAUUCUUUGAGUGGCAUCCAGAAGUAGGUCAUCUGAGGCUUGCACGUGCCCCACCUAUGACAUACUGGGGAAAAAACUGAGCACAAACCACAUCCUUGACUCCUUAAACUGACUUCCAUUUGCCAGUUUUCCAGAGAGUGUCUGAAAGCUUAUAAUUCUAUUUCACACAUUUCCCAUUUUUAAAAAAUUUCAAGUGACAAUGCAAACAGAAAUAAAUUCAUGACAAAACAA